AUGGCGAAGGCCCCCACAAAAUCGCCUACUUGGUUCACCUCGUUUUCAAUGCGGGUGCUCCCGGCCUCUCUUUUCCUACUCUCUCUUUCCCCAACAUGUACAGCAGCCCGAAGCUCAUCACGGCAUAUGGUAUCUACGAACCAGACAUACGCCCCGGAGAGCUACAACGUCCUUUCCGACCUCGUACCUUCUAAGUGUCCGCCAUGCUUCAAUUGCAUGCUGCCAGCCUUUACAUGCGGCCAAUACGCCGAGUGCAACAAAUAUGAUGGGCAAUGCAAAUGUCCUCCUGGAUGGUCAGGAAUAGAUUGUCUGACUCCACAGUGCGACUCUUUGGCGGAUGGAGAACACCGUAAACCAAGAGGCGAGGGAGAGGCCUGCCAGUGCAAGGACGGUUGGGGAGGGAUAAACUGCAACGUGUGCCAGACCGACAAUGCUUGCAUCGGAUUCCCCCUUGCGGGCGGUGUCGUCAACGGCGAUGAAGAGGUCGCCAAUAUGACUUGCUACAAGGGCGGAGAGACUGUAUUCAACAACCACCAGAUGUGCGAUGUUACUAACAAGAAGAUCCUCGACAUGCUGCCAGACCGCCCGCCUCAAGUUACCUUCAGCUGCGACGGUCCUCAGAAGACCUGCGCGUUUCAAUUCUGGACAGGCCAGGUGGAGUCAUUCUACUGCGCCUUGGAUCAAUGCAUAUCGAAGAAGGAGACGUCCUAUAACACCAACACAACAAUAUACGACUGCGAGAAGAUUAAGUGCAGCUGUGUUCCUGGUCGCUUUAUCUGCGGAGAAGAUGGCAGUGUGGACAUCGGAGAGUUCUUGGAGACUCAGAUCAAAGGGCCUGCUACAUUCAGUUGCAAGACGGGCAAUGGUUGCAAGUUCGAGGAGCCUGCUAUGAAUGAGCUUAUCGAUAGCAUUUUUGGUGAUGGGUUCAUCUCUCUAAAGUGUGAUGGUGGCGAAUGUUUGCACUAUUCUCAGGUUCCAGGUUACGUGCCGCCUCCAAAGCCCGAUAACACCCGCUGGGUUGCACUGAGCUUUGCUGGGGUGAUCUUUGUCGUCCUACUGGCCUUCUUGCUUCUUUGGUAUGCAGGACGAGCAAGGCAAGGCGGUGAUUUUGGGCAGAUCAAACUACCAGAAGCGGAAACUGCAAAGCUAAUGGCCGACCACGUACCCGCCUCGUUAUACUUCUCCAACAUUACCUACAUGUUGGGCGAGCGGACCAUCCUCGACAACAUCUCCGGCUGUAUCAAGCCCGGUCAAGUCAUGGCCAUCAUGGGUGCAUCCGGUGCUGGCAAGUCGACCUUCCUCGACAUACUCGCUCGCAAGGGCAAGAUGGGUGCUGUCAGCGGCACGACGCUCGUCAACGGCCGAGAAGUCAGCGAUGCACAGUUCAAGAAGGUCAUUGGCUUCGUCGACCAGGAAGACACCCUGAUGAGCACGUUGACGGUAUACGAGACGGUGUUGUACAGUGCCUUGUUAAGGCUGCCUAGGGAAAUGAGCAUCGAGGCGAAGAAGUUUAGGACGCUGGAGACGAUGAAUGAGCUAGGGAUUUUGCAUAUAAAGGACAUGAGGAUCGGCGAAAGUGGUCGUCGAUCCAUCUCUGGUGGCGAGAAGCGACGUGUGUCUAUCGCCUGCGAACUCGUCACGUCACCCUCCAUCCUAUUCUUGGACGAACCUACCAGUGGUCUUGAUGCCUUCAAUGCCUUCAACGUCGUUGAAAGCUUGGUCUCGCUGGCUCGCAACUACAACCGGACCGUGGUCUUCACCAUCCAUCAGCCUCGCAGCAACAUCGUUGCUCUCUUCGACCAACUUGUUCUUCUGGCCUCAGGAAAACUUGUCUACUCCGGCGAAUUCUCCAAAUGUCAAGAGUACUUCACAUCGAUUGGUCAGCCUUGCCCGCCAGGCUUCAACAUCGCGGAUUUCUUGAUCGACAUGACCAUGCAUGCAAGCGCCGAACCUCGAAGCACCGAAUCCACGACGCCUGCCAUCGAGGUUCCAACUCCUUCAUCUAACGAGGCCGACAACCUCGGAGACCCUGAGCGUGGUGUACCCAUCGUGCCGCACAGUGUUCCAAUCUCCGUCAGAUCCAUCGUCUCCAACAUACCUGUCGAAGAAACAGAAGUACCACCCGCCCAAGAGUCCUCAUCCAGUUCGUCGACCAGCAAUUAUAUCAAGCACAAGACAUCCCAGAUCUUCGAUGCUGUCUUCAACAGAUCGAAGCAACACAAGCCAGUGACUCCUGCCCUGGCCAGCCUCGUUCAGUCCUACGCCGAUAGCGACAUCGCAGCUGAGAUCAAGGCUCAGGGCGAGCAGCUCCAGAGGGAAGUCAUCCGAUCGGAUAGGCAGGCGAACGGAAAUGGCCAGGGUGUUAAUGGAGUCACGAAUGAGCUCCCUGAUGUGGUUCUAGAGACUUCGAUGUUACGCGGAAGGAACCGGGCGAGUUGGGCAACGCAGUUCAGGAUUCUCAGCGGAAGGGCGUUCAAGAAUUUGUACCGCGACCCCGCUUUGUUGACAGCUCAUUAUUUGUCCGCGAUUGCAUUGGCUUUGCUUUGCGGCCUGUUCGUCCACAACGUCACAAACGACAUCGCUGGUUUUCAGAACAGACUGGGUAUUUUCUUCUUUACCCUCGCCCUCUUUGGCUUCUCGUGCUUGUCGAGUCUCGGCCUCUUUGCUAAUGAACGUGUUCUUUUCAUGAGAGAAAGGGCAAAUGGAUAUUACUCCUCCUUUACUUAUUUCUGCUCGAAGAUUCUCUUUGAUAUCCUUCCUCUCCGUCUCGUCCCACCCCUCUUGUUUGGAAGCAUCGUCUAUGGGAUUGUCGGUCUUGUCCCUACUGUCGCCGGGUUCUGGAAGUUUAUGCUAACCCUCGUGCUCUUCAACCUAACCACCGCGAGUGUGGUUCUCUGGCUGUCAGCCGCCUUUGCCAACGUCAGCGUAGCGAGUCUCGUUGGCACUCUGGUUAUGCUCUUCAAUUUACUUUUCACUGGACUCCUGAUCAACCGCAAUAGUGUAAUGCCGGCUUUGCGGUGGUUACACACCAUCUCAUUCUUCCAUGCUGCUUUCGAGGCUCUUUCUGUCAACGAGCUGAGAUACUUACAGCUCAAGGAAGUCAAGUAUGGUGUAGAGCUCGACGUUCCUGCUGCAACGAUUUUAUCGACGUUUGGACUGCGCGCGCAGUCGUUCUGGUGGCCAAACAUUACCCUACUCGGAAUCUUCUUCGUCACAUUUACGACAGGAAGCUUCAUCACACUACACUACUUCGUCAAGGAGAAGCGCUAG